AUGCUAGGCGCACUCAAGGCGCACCACAAAGAGCAAAUCAGCCCCGAAGAGAGCUUGAAAGAGGUCCAGGGCGACGGACCCGCCGAUCUUGCGACCGAUACGUGCCGCUUCAAGCGCUUGGGCAAGGGGGCGGGCGGUGCCGUGUACCUCGCUUGCUAUCUUCCAUCGUUACAGCUUAUCGCGAUCAAAGAAGUCGUAAUGCACCACGUUGAAGACCAACACAUGGUAGCCCACGAGCUCCAUGCGCUCCACGACAACCUCGUGCCGCUCGUGCAAGCGGCCACGCACAAGUCCAUUAAGUUUCUUGGAAAGCUCUCGCAUCGGAAGCUCCAUAUUGGGAUUGCGCACCCGUGCCCACAGAUUGUGUCGUUCUACGGCGCGUUCGCAACGCCCAACAAGACGAGUGUCUCGAUCGCCAUGGAAUACAUGGACUGCGGCACGCUCCAGACAUUUAUUGACAAGAAGAUCGUGCUGCCAGAGGCGAUUCUCCAGCACAUCGCCUACUGCACGACGCAGGCGCUGGCCCACAUGCACCGUCACCGGAUGCUGCACCGAGAUAUUAAGCCGGCCAACAUCCUUGUCGAUCACAACGGCGAGUUCAAGAUCGCCGACUUUGGCCUUGCUUCGACGCUAUCCAAGAGUGCUUCGUACUCGUCCGAGUUUCAGGGCACCAUGAUGUACAUGUCGCCCGAACGGAUCCAAGGCAACGAAUACUCGUACCCAAGCGAUAUCUGGUCGAUUGGCGUCACCCUCCUUACGCUUUCUCUCGGUGCAUACCCUUUUGACAACCAAGAUGGAUUCUUUGGCCUUGAAGACGCGAUCGUCAACGAGCCGAUCCCAGGCGCACCAACGACAUUUUCGGCCGCUUGCCAAGCUUUCAUUGCCACACUCUUGGUGAAGGAUCCCUCGACGCGUCUCACGGCUGAGGAGGCGCUCGCCCACGAAUUUCUCAAAGACUACAGCCGUACACCGGCGUACGAUGCAGUAUGGGCGACCGUAAGCCCGCAAACGCCCAUGCGACCCGAAGACAUUCGCGCGCUCGUACAUGCCAUUCGGCGCCACGAAGCAUCACUGAGCAAAACACGCGACGACGCAUUCGACUUUCAGUCGCACGACCUUGCGAGCUCCAGUGUAUCGCCCUCGUCGUGGAGCCUCAAACACGUGGCCAACCUGGCGGCGACGUGCGCAACCUCUGUUGAGACGCUCCUUGCGUUCUUCCAAGAGCCUCUGCCAGACGAAGCCAAUCCCGUCGACAUCUGAUCAAGCAAACAUGCAAUGACCGAUCGCGAUGUCCUGCUUAGCUGUGACGCAUUAAAAGAAGGAAAACAAAGACUCGACUGCGUG